AGAAUUGUCUUGUGGUGUGGUGCGGAGUUCUGCUUGGCAAUUUUAUUGCCUGAUAUUACAAUUUCUUUAAGUUCUAUUUGUGAAUAAUCUGAUUUAACUGCAAUGGCCCCUCCAUACUAUGCUGAUCUUAGCAAGAAAGCCAAUGAUGUUUUCAGCAAGGGUUAUCAUUUUGGUGUUUUCAAACUUGACUUGAAAACCAAAAGCGAAGCUGGUGUUGAGUUUACCAGUGGGAUUAUUUCAAAUCAAGAAAGUGGAAAGGUGUUUGGCAGCCUUUCAUCCAAGUAUGCUGUGAAGGACUAUGGUCUUACAUUCACAGAGAAAUGGAAUACAGACAACACUCUCGCCACUGAUAUCACUAUCCAAGAUAAAAUUGCAGCUGGCCUUAAAGUUACCCUUGAAGGAACUUUCGCACCCCAAACUGGGAGCAAGACAGGCAAACUGAAGACCUCCUUUGCCAAUGACACAGUCGCUGUUAAUACCAACUUGGACUUAGACUUAGCAGGACCUAUUGUUGAUGUAGCUGCAGUCCUCUCAUAUCAAGGCUGGUUGGCUGGUGCACACACCCAAUUUGAUUCACAAAAGGCCAAGUUUGCCAAGAAUAACUUUGCACUUGGCUAUCAAAGCAAUGACUUUGCCCUUCACACUAAUGUUGACAAUGGCAAGGAGUUUGGUGGAUCUAUCUACCAGAAAGUGUCUGACAAGUUAGAUUGUGGUGUCAGCAUGAAGUGGACAUCAGGAUCGUCGGAUACACUGUUUGGCGUAGGUGCCAAGUUUGCACUGGACCAAGAUGCCUCUCUCCACGCCAAGGUCAAUAACAAAUCCCUCAUUGGACUUGGCUACCAACAAAAGUUGCGUCCAGGUGUGACGCUGACAUUGUCUGCUGCCAUUGACGGCCAGAACUUCAACGCUGGAGGACACAAGGUUGGCGUCGCCCUCGAACUUGAGCCCUAAGCAGACUAUAGCUUCAUUGACGUAGUUACAUAAAAACCCACUUCACUGUUGUAAUUUAUAGCAGAGAAGAGUAUAUAGCAAAACGAUUUAAAACUAUACUCGUUCUACUAUUGUAAUAUGUAAGUUCAGCGUUUAAAACGCAACAAUACAAUAUUGUUAUUCACUUUUACUUCCACGCACUGUAAAGCAUCGUUUACAAAAAUGGCGGACGAGCUUCCUUCCGAAGUUUACCGGAAACAAAUUGUAUCAUUGCAGAACACGGCAUGUUUCACAAAAUAAUAUUUUGCUGAUUUAUAAAUUAUAUUCCUAUUAGACGUCAAACAUUAAUAUCAUUUGUAAAUAAACACCCGUGGUGUUACAUUAAUUGAAAUAAAAUAAUAGUAUGUUACAAUC